CGAGCGAUCGGUCGAUUAAUCGGAAUCGUUGAUUGCCGGGCGAAGCAAAGUGCUCGUCGAGCCCCGGGAUCGCGCGAUCUUCCAGCAUGGCGUCCGGUUUCCUUCCAAGUGUUCUCUCGAUUCUUUCGUCCGGGUGCGGCGAUUCAAGCCCGCCGCGACUAGUCGGUGUACACCGGCAUGGCACACGCUACAAUGGAGCUUCACUUUCGAAAAUCAAACAAGAGAGAGAGCCGAUUCCGGCGCAUCCUCGCAGCUGCACUGUUUGUACGAACGUGCAAACAAUGGAACUACCCAUUUCCUGUGCGAAUAUAUCCUGACGAUAGCCAACCGGUCGCGGACUUGCCGGCGGGCAAACACGCUAGAUGACGCGGGGAUUUCUGCACCGAAGAUCGAUACAACGAUCUUCUAUAUUUCUUGCCCGGAAACGCUCCGUAAUUGAUGUUUCGCGCGAAGGCACGAUUUUAUCCACGGUGCGAUUCUCCACGAGUUUUGUUUAGCAGAUUAACCGAGUGUCUUGACGUCUCUCGAUCGCCAGAAUCCUCCGAAUAAUUGAGCAUCGCAAGACACGAUACGUUUUCUUGAAAUUUCUUAGCAGAGAAAAUCAUUUUCAUCGAAGGAUUAUUUGAUUUUCGACAGACUGUACUCUCGAGCCACGGGUCAACGAAUUCUCUGAAUUGUUAUUUUAUUAAGAGGACGUUGACUAGCAACAAUUGGCGUCUGUACAAAUUUCGGUUGGCUGUCAAUCGUUGAUUAAUUCUCAGAAAUAACCUCAGAGAAUAAAAUGCCCCAAAGAAGCUUCUCUCGCGCAAAGCUCGAACAUCGUUCUAUCCAUUUUAGCUCUAAUUUAUCCCGCGCGAGGAUCGAACAGAUUUAUAAACAAUUUUUAGAACGGAGAACGUUGCAGCUACCGGCAGGAAUUAUUCCUUGCGAAAUGCUCCGCGCGAAGGAAAAUCUGCAUAAAAGAUCCGCACAGCGCGGAUGUACGGAAUUUCCAGGAUAAAAAGUUCGAUCUGAAAAUUGGUUUCGAAACGAUUCGCCGUGCGCAUCGAUCCCGCCAUAAUCGGCGAACAACGAUCGAGCUCGCCCCUUCCCCAUGGAUCGCAGCCGCGGCGCCCCAUGGUCGAUCGGUUCGGUCAAACAGUCGUCGGCAGCAAACAUCGCGGACAAUGCCGGCCGGUGGCGUCUCCUCAUUAACUUUCGGCGCGGCGGUAGGCGGCAGCCGGCAGCCGGUAGGCGGUAGGCGGCUAAUUAAACAUAACGGCACUCGUUACGAGUCGUAGGCCGCGAGUUUCGGGGGUCGGCGAGGCUCGUCCAAGUCGAAGGAAAAAACUGCCGCCCCGGUGAAUCGCGUUCGAUAGAUCGAUCGAACCGAAACCCUCCCACCGUUGGACGCACGCGAGCCACACCGCAAAAGGGUCGACCCGAUGGGGAUGCGGGGAGAGAGAGAGAGAGAGAGAGAGAGAGAGAAAGAGGAAGAGAGAAAGAGAGAGAGAAGGAUAGAGAGGGAGAGAGGGUUAGGGGUCCGGUGGGAGAUAAAGCGAUAAAGAGCAACGGUGGCGAGAGAGAAAGAGGGCCAAGCCAGCCGAGAAUGAGGGACGAAAAGAGAGACGACCCGACCCGGCCCGGCCGAAGAGACGAGGAGAGCAAGACACCGAGCCGAAGAGAGAUCGCUGCCGAGAGAAAGGAGUGGGGUGUCGGCGGGGUGUGAGAGGAACCAGGAAAGGGGAAAGGGAUGCUGCGUGUGUUGGCAUGGACCAGUGCGUCAACGGCUGUUGCCUCACACGAACCGCCGAAAUUAUAGUUAGUGGCCCCCAACGGGUACACCGAGAUACGGCUGCGACUACCAAAACACGCCAGUCCCGCACUGUCUACCGGAAAGUGAUUCCUCCGGUCUCCCGUCGACUUCCCAACGUUUUCGCUAGUCGCCGGAAUCAGUGUCCCCGUCGUCGUCCUCGGUCCCUGGCCCCCUUUUUCUCUUCUUGCCCGGUGAUUCGGUGCCCGGUGAACGAUCCCCUUUGGUGAACGAUGAACACGCUUCGCGGGACACCGGGAAAGCUACCGGAGCUUUCUAGAUCCCGAUGCUGACGGAGGAUCCGCUGCGUUCCGCUGCGUGGAUUGUUUGUUUCAGUGCGUGGUUCGAGUAGAAUCGACGGAAACAGUGGUUCUGUUCUGUAGAUUGUGGUCAGUGAAGACAGUGCCGUCGUUUGAUAGUCCGUCGGUGGACGCAGUGAGUGUGUCGCGGCAGGGCGAAGAUCGAAGGUGGAAUGAUAGAUCGGUGAUCGGACUCGGUUUUUCAUUCCAUUGCCAAGCGAAUCCGCGGAGCCGGGACUGUUUUAAUAGCCUAAUCGAUCCCGUCGUGGCACGAUGAAUUCGGAAAACGUGCCUCCGGGGAAUGUGUAGUGAGACCGAACGACCGAUCGCGAUUUCCGGAAAACGGAAACGGCGGGCUGCGUGCGUUUCCUCCGGAAGUGCGGACACGGCUCCAGCCCGAUCGCACCGAGGGGUAGCUCGCCGAUCCGCCGCCUAGUCCAUUAGAAUCCCGAUGCGAUCCUGGCCAGCGAAUUCGUCGAACGAGCGCUUCGAGUGCGAGGCCCCGCCAGACGACAUUUAACCAAGAAGCGGACGAACCAAGAGGAUUCGAGGAGCCGGUCUCGGGGAAGAGAGUGGUCGGCGGUCGCCGAGAGCUCCGCCGUCGGCUAGCAGGAUGCCAGACGGGACUGCCUGACCCAGGACGGUCCGGAUCUACUGCGGAUACUCUGUAAAGUCGGUGGAAGCGAGUGUGAACCGAAUGGAAGGAUGUAUCUUCCGGCGUUCUGACUGCCUAUGGAUAUAUUCGGCCGUUGCAACGGCGGCGGUGGCGGAAGCACGGUAUCCGGAAGCGGCGCUGGCUCGGUGAGGGGGUCCAGCAACGAGUCCAGCUGUGGAACGGCUAGCACUGCCAGCGAGAGCGGUGGAUCCAGCGGUAGGAUGCAGUUGACAGGAGCCUCGGCUCCUGGCACUGCCGCCUCCCCGGAGUCGGGCGUUUCGCCUUUGACCGAUGCAUACACCAAGAUGACCAACGACAUCCUGGCGGAGAGGACGCUGGGCGACUUCGUCAGCGAGCAUCCUGGGGAGCUGGUCAGAACAGGGUCGCCCCACCUGGUCUGCAGCGUUCUACCAGCCCACUGGAGGUCCAACAAGACCCUCCCAGUGGCAUUCAAGGUCGUGGCCCUUGGCGAGGUCGGCGAUGGCACUCUGGUGACUGUUCGUGCUGGUAACGACGAGAACUGUUGUGCCGAGCUAAGAAACUCGACCGCCCUUAUGAAGAAUCAGGUGGCCAAGUUCAACGAUCUUAGGUUCGUCGGUAGAAGCGGCAGAGGGAAGAGCUUCACUCUGACGAUCACCGUGUCCACCACGCCCCCGCAGGUCGCCACCUACACCAAGGCCAUCAAGGUGACCGUCGACGGGCCGCGGGAACCGCGAUCCAAGACCAGUGAGUAUCACUUGUUGUCUCUUUUAGGGCAGCAGCAGCAAUUCCACGCGUUCGCGUUUGCCUCGCAGAGGGGUGGUCCGUUUUUCGCGUCGCCGUUGGUGGACCCUUUGCAACCCUUGCCGAAUCCCCUACAGCCGCUGCCGAGUCCGCUGCAACCACGGGACCCGUUGUCAUCCUUCAGGCACGCGAUGCCCGGCAACUGUCAGAACAUGUCCCAGUUCGGUCUGACUGCGAGCAAUUCAUGGGGAUACGGAAGCACGGCUGGUUACGCUGGUUAUCUUCCCGGGCCUUUGUCGUCGUGCGCGGCACAGGCGUCGUUCCCACCCCCGCCGCCGCCUCCACCGCCGCCACCGCCGCCGUCGUCCUCGUUGGCGUCUUUCGCGGGCACCGCAUCCAUGAACACGCCGACGGCGCCCGAUUCGACAGCGGGCUCCACCGUUACUUCCGGCACCGGUGCGGGAUCCACGGCGCAGCAGGAUGCGUUCUCAGCGGUAUCUUCCCUGGUGCCAGACUCGACGACGACGGGUCAGUCGGACCCGCUGGACCCGCUGAGCAGCCUGAUGUCCGGCACGACCACCCAGAGGUACCAGGACUACGUGUCCCCUCGGUCGUUGUCGACGGACUCGAGCACCACGGAGAGUCCUGUGCACGAGGAGCAGGGUUUCGGUCAGAACUACGGCAACUACUUCCCGACGCCUGGUGUGCUGCCCAGCAUCCUCUACUCGCAGCUGUACGGUAACCAGUUCCAGAACUCGGAGAGCCCGGAACAGAGAGCGGUGGCGGACAGUUGCAGCGUGAGACAGGAGGAGGUCAGGCCGGACAACAACGUCUGGAGGCCCUACUGAUACCAAGAGGCCGGGAUUUCGUCGAACGAGCCCCAUCUGUAGGGUAUCCUAGGUCCGAAUUGACGUUCUUAUCAUCGAUCGGCAACACUGUGAUUUUGUGGGGACGCGUUGGCUCGAACCACCGGGCGCAAAACUAGCUAUUAGUGGGCAUUACGAAACGAUAGACCGACAGACAGACACAAACAAGCACACACAUACAAAGGGGGAGAGAGGAGAAGAUAAAAGAGAGAAAGAGAGAGAGAGAGAGAAAGAGAAAGGGUAGAGAGAUGGAGAAGAAACACGCGACACAUUGAAAACGAACACAGAGUCUGGUGCGCGUUCGAAAAGCGUAAAGCCGGUCGACGACGAUCCUUUUUUUCCACUGGUUGUGUCUCAACGAAUCUUCUAGACCGGGCUGAAUUUGUAAUUAAGUGCGCGUGAGAUAGAGUGCGAGAGCGAGAGAAAAUGGGCGAACGGGUGCUGACAAUGAGUGCAAUACGGUGUGAGUGAACAGGCGUACACCGCGACCCCCGUGAUGGUGACGAUGAUGAUGAUGUAUAUAACACUGUACAUAGAUAGAGCAUUGUCGUUUCAUCGAGUCAUUCAUCACUGUCGGCGGACUACGCGAAGUCGAGUGAACUGGUGCGUCGGCUGGCUCUCGGCUGGCUGGACGAGGCCUUGAGAGCUGCGACCGGCAUCCGCGGACGAGCUUUGUGAUUUAAUCAUUUUUCUCGCUUGUUGAGUAAUUGGUAAGAGGAUCGUUCGUUCAUCGAUCGUGACGAUUCGGUGAAUUGUUUAGGAAAAUUUCACUUUACGGUGGCCGGUCCGAGAAGAAACCUGCCGCGAUCUUUUUUCGUCGUAGAUCGGUACGACGAUAUUUUUUGGUAGCUUCGACGUUUCGCCGGCUUUCUAAUUGACAUCGCCGAUCCAGCAGGACCGCUACGAAAGUACUAAUUUGUCUUGUAAAGUCUGCUUUUGAUUUCGCGACGAUUUCUCUGCUCUGUCGCGUGUCGAUCUAAGCCGGCAGCUUUUUGGAAAACAGAGCUUCGAAUGAAAUUUCUAGCUGGGUAAAAACGUGGGUAGCAGUUUUCGGAGCUCGAGCAGCCGCCCGCGAACCGCCGCACGCACUUUCUACUCCUUGCGAUUAUGUUUUCAUAGUAUAAAGCGAUCGAUUUGACCGCGGGCUCGUGCAAUAAUCGUCCGAGCGUGGUUCGCGUCGCGGUUCUCGCGGGACACGCGACGCGCGGAGAUAUUACUCGAGGCGAGGUCGGGGCGACGGUGGACCAGGCUCGGGCCGAGUCGACGAUCGAGACGGAGGACGGUGUCGAAUCUGGUGCGCGAAGGAAGGGAGAAGCUUCUUGCGAUUCAACGAAGACAAAUUCCGCGGCGCCGCGGAACGCUUUCACAUCGAAAUUUCCCGUGGAUACGAAAACCGAAAAAAAGCCGAACAAACCGAAGCUCGCGGGCCACGGUGUCCGACCGAGAGGCCGUGGCUCGUUCAACGCGUCGACGACGAUUUAUUCGUUUUUUUUUCUGCCCCUCACCCCCUCGGUCGCGUCGACGACGAACACUCCGCAUUUUCCCCCCCCCAAGAAUGAUUUCCGAUAUACAUAUCUACCAACCUAUUGUUAUCGUAGUUUUUGACCGAGUCGAAAUAAAAGUGUAUUUCAAAAUAUGA